AUUCAAAUACCAAACGCACCCAUAACACGUUUAGCGAAACGGCGAGGCGAAAGAAGAACAGUUACUCUUCGACGUGGAUUUAAAGUUGUUCUGUCCACUUUUUCUCCCACAAAAAUCAGAAAUUAGCGUUAAAAACGCUAUUAGAAGAGCGUGUAUGCAAUAGAAGGUACUCGGGAAGCCUUCACUCGCGACGAUUUACACAGUCGAAACCUAUAACGAAACAUCAUGGCGCCCAACAGGUCUGAGGCAAUGACGUUAUCAACCAACGCUCCGCCAGCUUCAGAUAUAGGUACAUUUGAAGGAAUGCCGCUCAAAUUGGAAAAAAAAUCAGUAUACGCACGAUGCAGCUCAGUAAGCUUAGCUGCUGAAGAAGAAAGCGUCCAUCAAGUGCAGGAUAUCGGGAAGGAAUACUAUCGUUCGAUAGCGUUGAAUUUUAAGACCACCUCCUCAGUGACGAUUCUCAGUCCACAUUGGGAAACCUGGCCCGGCGUUUGCGCUGGCCUAGACGAAGAUCCAAGGCAAAGGAAAGUAAAACAGCGCGUUGCAAUCGAACCUGAGAAAAAGAAUUCCAAAGAAGCCGUCGAGAAUGACGACAAUAGCCAUCCCUUUUCACUUCGCUGGCAGCAGAAAGAGGAAAUUACUUUCUUUUCACCCAACACCGAAAACAGAUGCGAAAAGAAAACGACGAAAGUGUUCGAAGUAGACGAUUUUAAGACAGAUGUAAAGGCCAAAGAGGAAUUUGAUUUCAACAUUUUGACGAUCCCAUAUUCUGUACAAGAGAGUUCCAUCAGUCCAGAUGAUUUGUUCUCAUUAGAACCUCCUUCAGCUUCAUCUGAUGUUAUAGAGGUUCAAGAUGACAUCUCUACAAAAGAAGAAACAACAAAUGAUGAAACAGCUGAAGUAAAAGUUGAAGAAGCAGGGCAGCUUUCUAAAACUGAAUCAAAGCACAAAAGCAUUCCCAGAAGGCAUGCUGCUAAAAGGAAAAAGCGAAAUGUUUGGUCCAUCGUUGUGCCUGACCUCCCUGCAGUGCAGCACAAGCAGGCAAAGAAAACAUCUAAAACAGUCAAAGAAAGAAAACCAAGAAGCGUCAGGAGGUGUGCUCCAAAACAGUCGUGUCUUUCCUUUGAAGAGAUCAUCGAAUCUAUCAACCACAUAAAACCAGCACCAUCCAAGAGGAGGAAACCCAACUCCAACUUGGGGGAACCAAAAGAUUCUGGUGUUGAUAGUGAAGGAAGCAGUAGUGGUAGCAGUGAUGGAUGCAGCAGCAACUCUGGAAGUGGCAGUGGUAGUUCAUCUGGGGGGAGCAGUAGUGGUGGUGGCGGCUUUGGGGGAAAGGGAAAUGCUGAUGGAGAUGAAGGUGAUAAAAAGAAGUAUCCACAGUGGUAUUUUCCUGGCAAACAACAGAUUGACCCACCAGGCAGAAAUGAAAAGAAAAGAUCUGCAGAUGAAGAGAAAGAUGAUGAAAGUGUGGAAAAAAUGGAGGAAGAUUUUCCCACUACUAAGCAGUCAGGCCUCCAGAUGUUCUUGCCAUCCAAAGUUGAUAAUGCAGAACAAUGUCACUGCCCUGGAGAGGAAGGAACUCAUAUGACCCCAACUGGAAAGAGUGACAUCAUCUUUUUCCCUCAAGAUGUUCAGCAUGCAAGUUACUGUUCGAUUCCUGUUUGUCGUAACCAAAAAUGCAAGAAAGUGAAAAUGGAGUUGGAGCACUUGCAAGUUCAUAAAGACUGGCACCAUUGUGGACGUUGUUUGAUCACAUGGAAUAUUGUUAAACAGCACGCACGUUUUUGCCAUAGGCCAGGGUGUAGAGUUCCUGACUGUGAAAGCCUGAGGUUUGUUUUCUUCUUUUGUUGUCAGACAAGUUACUCCAUUAGUAGGGAGGAAGUAGAAGUGUACAAGAUGUUAGGUGAUCAUCCACAUAUUGUCCCUCACUAUGUAGGAACAAUAAGGGACAGUCGGGGAUGUGCCAAUAUCUUCAUGGAAAAGUGUGAACAAUCUCUUUUCGACUACAUGGAGUCAAUAUUGAAGAGACGAUUGACAUGUGGGGAAGCCAUGUAUUACUGGCUUCAGAUCCUUGCUGCAGUUGAUUACUUGCACAACUUGGAAGUUCCAAUAAUUCAUAAAGACAUCAAAGCCAAAAAUGUACUGUUGGCCGUAGAAGGUUCACGGGCCAAACUGGCUGAUUUUGACGCGGCAAGGAGGUUGCAUCAUGAACUCACUGAAGCUGGUCUGAAACCCCUUGGAACAAGGGGCUUUGUUUCUCCUGAGGUUUUGAGACAGAAACCUCAUGGCAGGCCAACUGAUAUCUACACUUUGGGAUGUUUUCUUAUUGAACUGAUAGUGGGAGUUCCAUCCAAAGAAUCCUUGCAGGAACAGAUCAACAAUCUAAGACAGGUUAAUCAAGAACUUGGACAGUUGGUAUUUGACUGUACAAAGGAGAACCCAGAAGAGCGGCCAACUGCACGUAGUUUGCUGCAGCGGCCAGUCAUCCAGGAAUUUAUGUCCGGAGUGCCCAUGGAACACUAAGGACAUAUGAGGAAUCAUUUUAAACAAGAACUUUGGCAAUUAGUUGUCUUGAGAAGUUUUUAUUUUUGUUUUUGUAAGCUCUCGUUAAAAGAUAGCAGUAAGGUACUAAAGUAAGUAGUUUGUGUAGAAACUUUUUGUUGUGCUGUAUCAGUGGUGAAUGUUCAAGUAGCAGCCUUUUGUUGCAAGGAAGUUCAGUUAGGAUGAUUGUUAAAAAAUUAAAAAUAAUAAAAAAAAAUUAGUUAGUGUUAACCCUUGGCCCCUAAGAGUGACUAGCAUCUAAUUUCUCCUAACAAUAAAAACACCCCUGGAUCAAACAUUAAGUUCAUAAGAGUAAAGGAGAUGAUGUAAACUGAAGAGGCUCUUGAUUUUUGAACAAAUUCUCCCUGUCAGCACAAUAAGGAAAUGUGUGGAGUACACUAUGGAGAAUAUCCAUACUGAUGUUAGGGUGUUAAGGGUUGAUGAUAAAAGCAUGGCACAUGGUAUGAAUCGAUGCAGAUGAUGCCUUAGAAGCUCAUAUUUGCUUAGAAGGAAAUUGCUUUAGUGAAUUUACCCACCACAUUUUUGGCUUAGAAGGAAAUUGCUUUAGUGUAUUUUUAGAAUUUUUUUAGUCUAUAUCUAGUGUAUAUUUAAUUACACCAUUUCUUAGUGUAUAUUUAGAAUUUUUCAAGCACAAUUUUAAAGGAAGGGUUGCAUAGAACAAAGCCUUAAGUGGAAAUGCACUUUGAUCUCUUCAGUAUAUCGGCUCAUCCCAUCUAGCUAAAUAUUAGAGAACAAUUCAAACUCAGGAGAUUCUCAAGGCUGUUAAAACAGUAAUGUCUUGAAAAGAUUCCAACUGUGCCUUAAGAAAAGCCCUCAAAGGGUCUACUCUUUUUUUCCCUCUAGCCUGAGUAUAUAGUUUUGUAGAUAGGUCAAUUUCUAUUUUAACAAUGUGAUAGAAAUAUAUCUUUGUAGAAAUGUAAAAAUAAGGAUAUUGCUAAGUAAUAGAGUUGCAAAAUCAGCAACAUAAUUAUCUUAUGGAUUCCAUAUUGUUGUGCAUUUGUUUAACAAUACAUUGUACUUGAUGUCAAAAUGGUGACUAAGCUUAAGAGUGACAUAACUGUGUCCCUGAUGUUCUUUCAACACUGUGAGACCUUUUGUGUGCUAGAACUGUACAAAUCCACAGCAACAUGAAGUCUUUUAUGUGUAUAUAUAUAUAUAUAUAUAUAUAUAUCAGCUACAUCAAAAAUAGUUAUUUGUGAGUUAAUAAAAGUGAAGUGCCAUGAAA